AUGUACGCCGGGGACGCCGCCGCCGCCGCCGCUGAUGGCGCCUCCGCCAUGAGCCACGAGGAGCUGCUCGCGCACCAGCUCGACCUGCACCAGAAGAUCCAGCAGCAGAUGCAGCUGCAGAUGGAGAUGAGCAUGCAGCUCGGCGCGCGCCAGUCGCUCACGGCGUCGCUGGCCAAGGUGGAGCCCGACCUGGGCGACAACGUCUUCGACAUGCUGGACGACCUCAUCAUGAUCCCGUCGGGAGCCGUGGCGCCCGAGCGCGGCUCGCUGUCCAAGGCCGCGCGCGAGCAGACGAUGGACGUGCACGUGGGCGGCGGCGAGGACGACGACGACGACGAGCACGAGCCGCCCGCCGUGGGCUCCGGCAGCGUCAGCAGCGCGCGCGACAGCCUCGCGGACAUCCUCGAGAGCCUCGACAUGGACCUGGACGACGACCUGAACGACGACACGCUGUCGUCGGGAAGUGAGCGCGCGCGCAGCGCCAGCGACUCGCUGGACGAGGACGAUCUGGACGACCUGGACCUGGACCUGGACGCACAGGACCAGGGCGUGGACGGAGACGACGACGCAGCAGCAGGAGACGACAAGACGGACCCCAACGAGAGAGCGCCGCCCGAGGAGGACUUCGUGCACUUGCGGCGCUCGUCGCUGGACCUGCUGGCGUCCAUGAGCGGCAGCGCCUCGAGCAUGUCGAACAACGCCACGGGUAACAUGUGCACGCUGAUCUGGGAGGGCGGACUGCUGGGGCUGCGACUGCGCCACUCGCAGUCGCGGAUGAUGCCGGCCGUGUCCAAAAUCACGGGCAAGAGCUCCAUCUUCGGUAUUCACCUGGUGGAAGUGGGAGAUUUGUUGCUGAGGAUCGGAGACCGAGUUACGAGGGAUAUGGACUUCUUGGAGGCGAUCGAGUACUUGAAGGAGGCGCCCAAGCCCUGUAAGCUGGUGUUCCGACGACUCAUGGCCGACCCCAUGGCCGUGAGGCCCGUGCAGCCGAAGGUGAAGAGUGCGAUUGGACUGAAAUUGGCAGCCAAGUUCGAGGAGCUGACGGCUGCUGAGAAUGAAAAGUUCCCGCCACAACCGGCCGUGAAGCUGGAGGCCAAGUACGAGAUUAAGUGGAUUGACGGACCGUUAGGCAUUAGUCUCAUUGCGAGCAAGGACGUGCCGUACCCGCUCGUGACGCGCAUUACGGGCAAGAACAGGUCGCCACAGGUGCAGGACGUGCAGCCAGGACAUUACCUCGUGCAGAUCGGCAGCUACAAUACCGCGGACGGCAACUUUAAUACGGCCAUCAAGUUCCUGCAAAAGGUGCAGAAGCCCGUGUCGCUUUUCUUCUGUCCAGGCAACAAGAAGGUUUCGGCGCGUCCGGAGCCGACUGAGGACGAGUACGACCACAUUUGGGAGAAGAAGCAGCCGCUGUGCUUCACUGUGCGGCCGAAUGCUGCCGGGAACAUGGUGGUGGCGGACCUGGGCAGCGCCAAGUCGAUAAAGGUGAAGAUUAAGGGGGCUCCGAACAACGUGGCAGCGUUUGUGAGCUCAGGGGACCGCAUCAUGUGGAUUAAUGACGAUAGUGUGAAGGACCUGACCUUCCAUGAAUCUCUCCUCAAGUUGCGCACAGCCAAGCGGCCACUGGUUAUUCGGUUCAAGAAGGGCUCUCCCGAAGAUGCGGUCGCGGCGCUGUCUUCCUCAGAUGUACAUUCGGCGUCCAAGUUUACGGCAUCCACGUCAUCACUGGCAUCUUCGUCAACGUCCGUAUCUUCAUCCACGUCUACGCUGUCAUCGUCGUCCUCUUCAUCGUCCUUGUCCUCGUCUAGUGCGAGUGAAAAGGCACCUCCCGCUCCCGUAGUAACACCACCGAAGCCCGCGCAGUCAACCCCGACAUCUUCGCUGCCUACACCACGAAGCUUCAUUAAUCCGCUCAAGAAAAUGAGUGUUGCCCUGGGUAGCCACGCGCGGGAUAAUGCCAACAAUGGGUCCAAUGCGAAGUCGCACAAUGAUCACCGGAAGACUCAAGACAGGCAACCCCACGCGUCACAGCAGCAGCAGCAGCAGCUACACGCGUCCCAAUCUCUACAUUCGUCGCACUCACACCAGCAUACUGCAGGGCAGGACGCUGCGCAGAGCAAAUACCGGGGCCAUGCUGAACAGGACGCUAAACGCUCGGCCCACGACCCUAGACAUACCAACAGUGCAUCAAGAGUAACACCGCAUGGCACAAGGGGUCACUACCACGCUGCUCCUGUAAUGCUGACGACCAAGGACCCGUCUCCUCGGUCUGCCAACAGUCCUGACCACGGCAGCGGGCAUCGGAAUGAUAUGAUUCAUCGCGUAGCAGAUGCACAAAACAAGCUGCGCAACCUGGAAAACACGUUACGCAAGUCUCCGCUGGCCAAGUCUCCCAGUGACCCGAUCGACAAUGAGACGCCAUUGAAGCCGCUGUCACGGAGUGGUAACCGCCACGGGUCUGCGCCGCAAAUGCCCACGAACGAGUCGACUAAGUCGAAGGAGAAGGAGCUGGAGAAGGACAACGAUGUGUACGAGGUGAUUUGGCCAGAGGGUACGGCACUGGGCUUGACGCUGCGUGUGCAUCCGACGACGCGGUUCCCCGUGGUGGCGCGUGUGACCGGUACAAGCAACCUCAAGAACAUUGAGCACGUGUCUCCUGGCGAUAUUCUCUUCGCGGCGAACAACAUGAACAUCGUGCCGCAGCCCAAGUUCAAGCAGACACUGGAGAACCUGUCGCGCCUGCCGAAGCCCGCAGUGCUGCGCUUUCGACGCGCAUCGGCCGCAGCGUACGCCGCAGUACGGUCCGAUGAAUCGGACCAGGCUUUGCCGCGCGGACCGUCGCUGAAGGACCGGGAGUACGAGCUCAUCUGGCGGGAGAACGCCAACCUUGGCCUCGUGUUCAGCUCCGACGCAGACGUGCCCAAGGUGACCAAGGUGGACAUGGACUCGGGCGGCCCCAUGCUGCACAAGGUGUCGGUCGGAGACGUGUUGACGUGGAUCGGGCCCAUGGAGAUCGGCGGCUCGACGUUCCACUCGUCCAUGGCGACUCUGCGCGCCGUCAAGCGGCCCGUCGUGCUGCGCUUCUUCAAACGCGGGACAUGA